AUGGCCUCACGAACCGAAGCAAGAACGCGAACAAUCUACCUCAUGACCUCGCGGUCUUCCUCAAGACAACGCGCGCAUUUCGCGAUCUUUGUCCCCUCGACUGCCUCCUCCACCUCCACCAGUAUCCAAAUGGGUACGGAUACCAGCACCGACGUUGGCAACCGAAGCGGCACUCUAAUCAACGUCAUCGGCGCGCCCAUGCUCGGCUUCAUGCACGAGUUUAGGCGGCAAUAUAUCCCGGCCUUGCACAGCACGGAGCCCUUCAAGAUGUACCCACUUAGUGAGGUCGACGAGGCGCAUAUUGUUGGCCGGCAGCCUGAAACCCAGGCAGGGGAAGACCAAGGAGAGGGCGUAUAUCAGACGGAUACGACUCCGACCAACGCCCUUGAGACCGCAGCAUGUCAGAUCCCGGCGCCAGGAGUCAACGCUGCCAAGAAUGGACAACAGACUACAUCCGCCAUCUCGUAA